UCCAUAUUGUUCGUAUCUCAAUCGCAAUGUAGUUUCAAACACAAUCUUUCAAAGUUUGACUGGGGAAUUGAGGUGAGGAUGCAAACAGUGCCACUGCCGUUUGGAAAAAGGAAGAGAAAAAAAAUACGUUAUAAAAAUAUAUCAACCUGGGAUUUGUUCCGAGACAAAUGGUCUUCGUUCAAGAUAAACAUUGAAUAAUAAUGGUGGAGAUAAUUGAGUAAAAUCUAUCAAUUUCAGCGAUUAAAAGGAUAAUGUAUUCAAUCGAUGUAGAUUUUUGUCGCUUGGAUUAGUUCUGUAGCCUUCUCAGUCAUGCAGUUAGAAUUCCGAACAUUGAUGUUUGGAAUUGUAACACUGCUGGUUAUAUUUCUGAUAAUUGCUGAUAUUGCUGAAGUCCAGGAAGAAAUUGGGAAUAUUGGAGGUUCCAGAACAUUGUACUUGCACAGCCUCAUCCCCAAGCCCAACAGAAAUGUAGCAGUGAAAGCCAAUCCUACACCUUUAGGCAAUGAAGGGGAGGAAAAGAGUCCUGCUUCUCCUUCAGGCUUGAAGAAUGCCACCAGGCUCUCUUCAGAUAACUGGACCUUCAACAGAACCCUCUCCAGCCUCAUCAGGAAGAACAUCCUGGGGUUCUUUGACCCAGAGAGGGACAUCUCUAUUCUGAAGGGCACAUUGAAACCUGGAGAUGUCAUCCACUACGUCUUUGACCGUCAGAGCACUACCAACAUCUCAGAGAACCUGUACCGGUUGCUACCCACUGCAUCCCCCAUGAAGAACCAGCACCACAGAAGCUGUGCCAUCGUAGGGAACUCUGGGAUCCUACUCAAUAGCAGCUGUGGGCCAGAGAUAGACUCCCAUGACUUUGUAAUCAGAUGUAACCUGGCGCCAGUGGAGGAGUAUGCUGGGGAUGUGGGGCGGCGCACCAACCUGGUGACCAUGAACCCAUCGGUGGUGCAGCGGGCCUUCCAUGACCUGGCCAGUGAGCAGUGGAGGGAGCGCUUCCUGCAGCGGCUCCGGGGCCUCAGCGGCAGCGUGCUGUGGAUCCCAGCCUUCAUGGCCAAGGGAGGAGAGGAGAGGGUGGAGUGGGCAAUCCGUCUCAUCCUGCUGCACACCGUGGAUGUGCACACCGCCUUCCCCUCACUGCGCCUUCUCCAUGCUGUCAGAGGGUAUUGGCUGACUAACAAUGUCCAGAUCAAGAGACCCACUACUGGUCUGCUGAUGUACACCAUGGCCACUCGCUUCUGUGAGGAGAUCCAUCUGUAUGGCUUCUGGCCUUUCCCUCGGGAUUCACAGGGGAAACCAGUCAAGUACCAUUACUAUGACACUCUGACCUACGAGUACACAUCCCAUGCCAGUCCACACACUAUGCCAUUGGAGUUCAGGACACUGAGUUCACUCCACAGACAGGGGGCGCUGCGACUCAACACUGGCUCUUGUGAUACAGGAAUGUAAUCUAAAAAAGCAGCAUGGAAUGUACACUGAGUAUACCAAACAUUUCGAUCACCUUCCUAAUAUUGAGUCGCCCCCCCCCCACACACACACUUCUGCACACUUCUGCCCUCAGAACUGCCUAAAUUCGUCCGGACAUGGAGUCUACAAGGUGUCAAAAGCGUUCCACAGGGAUACUGGCCCAUGUUGACUCCAAUGUUUCCUACAAAGUUGGCUGGAUGUCCUUUGGGUGGUGGACCAUUCUUGAUACACAAGGG